AUGUUAUUAAUUAGUUUCCCUUUGGAUAUCAUAUUACACAUACUCGACCUUUUAACGUUCGAAGAUCUCGUCGCUUUAUCUCAAACGGACAAAGGACAUUACUCUAUAAUACAAGAGCAUGGCUAUAAAUUAUACUACAUCAAACAAAAAUGGAAAAUACUUACAAAGAGUAUUUUAUCAUCAGACUGGCGAACUAAAGUAAAAUAUGGGCUCAGAACUCUCAAGAAUUGGGAGAAUAAAAGAUUUUCAACAAAUGUAAUAGCACGGCAACGACAGUGCUUCAUACCAAGUCUUCGGUUUGACACUGAAAAGCUUGUCUGCACUGUAGGUGGAGACCUGGACAUAAGAUACUUUGAUUCAAACGAUAGAACAAAAUUUGAUCAGUAUAGAUUCUUCCCUGCGCAUGCUGGUGACAUAGUAGAUAUUCAUCUAUCCAGUAAUGGAGAGUUAUUCACUUCGUCGACUGAUACGACCAUAAAACGAUG